CUAUGAAAGCUGUACAUUUAAACUGAACGGUGCGGUGUAGAUAGGCACAAGCGUAAGAAUAGGAUACACACACUUCGGCUCAACAACAACAACAACAAGCCUUAUCAACACGCCAUCUCAGCAGGGAUCAAUUAGUCGUCGUCGUUUGUAAUUUUGGGAGCCUUUUGGAAAAAGAAUUUUUUGGAGAUGUCCGACGUCCAGUUAUCAACCACGCUAGAGAGGCUGGUGGCCAGGAAGACCUUCCCUCUCCACAGACGCACCGGCGUCUGCCGCAACCUCUUCGGACCAGUGGAUCAUGACGAAUUGAACCGGGAAAUGAAAGAAAAACUUCGUGAGAUUUCUGAACGGGACCAGCAGAGGUGGAACUUUAAUUUCGAGACCGACACCCCGCUGGAUGGGGAUUACGAGUGGCAAUCGGUGUCCGUGGAUAAGACCCCAGUGUUUUACCAGGACUCUAUACAGAACGGCAAAAUCCGGGUGCCAGCGGCGCCCGUCACGUCACCCUCGGACUCAGCUCUCCCGGAGACCCCUGGCAUGGAUGCGCUAGAGCGCUUGGCCGUGCCAGAAAGCAGCAGCACUCCCUGCGCAGGAGAGCUCAACCAGGAGAACCGCACAGACAAACUCAACUCAGGGAAAGCGACUACCAGACAGGUCCCGUGCGUUAGGCGCAAGAGGACGGCCGCUACAGACAGCAACACACACAUCACAGACUUCUUCGUGAAACGAAAGAGGGCUGCUGAUAAAAAAUCGAGUGAUGUGACCGCUUGCCACCUUUCCAAGUCUCCAAUCCAGGUGGAGCAAACUCCGCGAAAGAGGAUCCGCUGAAGGUGGUUUUUGCACUAUUUGCCUGCGCAUUUUUGAGGAUCACGGGAGGAUGCUUGUCCCCAGCAAAUUAAUCGCCGGAGACGAGGACAGAAAACAAGAGGACGGCAUAGUGUGGGGACAAAGAAGUCCGAGCUGUCGGCUGUGGCUCGGUGCGCCCCGGCGAGCGCAAUCUGAGCACCGGACUAGACUCAGGACUGAACGGUUUGGGGGGGGGGGAU